GACCGCGCCAGUUUGAAUGAAGGUUCCACAAGAUGGCGGCGGCCGCGGCCGGAGCGCGAGGAGCUUGGUGUGUGCCUUGCCUAGCUUCACUUGAUACUCUUCAGGAAUUAUGUAGAAAGGAAAAGCUCACAUGUAAAUCGAUUGGAAUCACCAAAAGGAAUCUAAAUAAUUAUGAGGUGGAAUACUUGUGUGACUACAAGAUAGAAAAGGAUAUGGAAUAUUACCUUGUAAAAUGGAAAGGAUGGCCAGAAACUACAAAUACUUGGGAACCUUCAAGAAAUCUCAAAUGUCCAUUACUUCUUGAACAGUUUUAUAAUGAUCAGCGUGAUUAUUUGUCUCAGUUAAAGCAAGGCAAAGCAGUAAUGUUGAAAAAUGAUAUCAAAAGUUUGAAGCCUGCUAUUGCUGAGUAUGUUGUAAAGAAGGCUAAACAAAGGGUAGCUCUGCAGAGAUGGCAAGAAGAGCUUAACAGAAAAAAGAACCAUAAAGGAAUGAUCUUUGUUGAAAAUACUGUUGAUCUGGAAGGUCCACCUUUAGACUUUUACUACAUUAAUGAAUACAAACCUGCUCCUGGAAUCAAUUUAACAAAUGAAGCCAUAGUUGGUUGUAUGUGCACAGAUUGCUUCUUUGAGAAGUGCUGCCCUGCGGAAGCUGGAGUUCAUUUGGCUUACAAUAAAAAAAGGCAGAUAAAAAUCCAACCUGGCACACCUAUCUAUGAGUGCAACUCACGGUGUAAAUGUGGGCCUGAUUGCCCCAAUAGGAUUGUUCAGAAAGGUACACCGUAUUCCCUUUGCAUCUUUAGAACUAGCAAUGGCUGUGGCUGGGGAGUGAAAACCCUUGUGAAAAUUAAAAGAAUGAGUUUUGUCAUGGAGUAUGUUGGAGAGGUUAUCACAAGUGAAGAAGCUGAGAGACGGGGGCAGCUCUAUGAUAAUAAAGGAAUCACAUAUCUCUUUGAUCUGGACUAUGAAUCUGAUGAAUUCACAGUGGAUGCAGCUCGAUAUGGAAAUGUGUCUCAUUUUGUGAAUCAUAGUUGUGACCCAAAUCUUCAGGUGUUCAACGUCUUCAUUGAUAAUCUUGAUACUCGCCUUCCUCGAAUAGCACUGUUUUCCACAAGAACGAUACAUCCUGGAGAAGAGCUUACUUUUGAUUAUCAAAUGAAAGGUUCUGGAGAUAUAUCUUCAGAGUCUAUUGACCUCAGCCCAGCCAAAAAGAGGGUCAGAACUGUGUGCAAGUGUGGAUCUGUGUCUUGCAGAGGUUACCUCAACUAAAUUUUCAGGAUAUAGGUCUAAAGAUAAAUGUGAUGGUUCUUUUUGUUUGUUUUUUACUUAGAAAAUGAAUUUUUUUAUAUUUAAGUAUUUGGGAUAUUUUUAUAUAUGCUAAAUCAAGGUUGUUAUUGCCUCAUGUUUUCUUAAUUUACAAUUCAUUUCAAAACCACAUUAGCCAAAGACCUUACUGAUGCUCAUUAAUGUGAAAGGGUAAACACAGGGUCACAAGGGUAGAUCUUACACAGACUAGUCAAAAAUAUCAGUGCUUAGUAACUAAGUUGGAUGUCAUACCCAUUAGGAAAACAAAACUACUUAUGGAUUAGGGUUUUUAUUCAUUCAGCAAACAUUUAUUAAGCACUAACUGUGCAGAGCACUAUGCUAAGCACUGGGAGAGAUAAAAACUUUAGAGAAGAUACCAUCCCUGCCCCCAUGGAGCUUACAUACUUAAGUUUAGUUAUGGAAAUGCUGCUUUUGAAUGUGUAAGUGUUAUCAGUUUAGGACUAACAUUCAAUUUGUUGAGAAAUCUUAAAUAUAGUUAGUUUAUUUAAUUUGGACAAUGUAAAAAAAGUUCUAUUUUUGUUAAUGUAAUUUAUAUGACAUCCUUAUUCACCUGCUUAACAGUCAUACAUACUGUGUAUGUACUUAUUGAAAAUAGGUGAUAUCAAAUUUUAUACUCUUUUCUAAUUUUUAUUAAAACAAAUUGACAAGUUACUGAUCCUAAUGUUUGCUAAGGUGUAAAAUUAAAUACAAAACAAUAGAAUUUAAAUAUUUUGAUUUCAUACUUUAGAGAAGUUUGUAGCAUAUAAGGUAUAUUUUUUCUUUUACUAGUAGUUCUUAAACUUUUUUUCCUAUAGAACAAUAAUCCUUUAAAAAGUACUGAAUGGCUGGCCAUCAUAAUUAUGUGGGAGGAAAAGGGGGGCUUUAGGGACCAAAGGGAAAGUUUCUGUCAGCUAAUAUAGCAGCAUCAAAGCCCUUUGCAGCACUCCUCAGAAGAACAGAUACGCAUCCUGAAACCCCCUCAUAACUCCAUUGAAAAUUGCAAGAACCUGUUUGAGAACUACUGAUCUGUAAAUUAUAACCAGAUGUCCCCCAAAGUAUUUUGUUAAUUCCCAUAUUUGCUAAUGUUUCAUAAUAAGCAAAUUUUUCUAAUACAUUAGUAUUACACCGUUUUUCAGACAAGUUUUAAUAUACAUGCUUUGUUAAACCUAUAAUAUUUUUAUAUUUUCUGCAGGCUAUUCUUUAAAAAGUGAUAUAUAUUUUAGACUGACAUUCUGUACAUGAAUCUAUUGAAAAUGUGAUCAUAAAAGCUAAGUUUGGCUUGGCCAAGCAUAGUUUUAUUAUAGUAUUUCUGAAUUAUGGGGCAAGAAUUAAAACUGUAAAGAAAAAAUAGAACAGUUUUAUCACAUAGGAACACCUAAAAGUUGAAAAAUUUUUCAGCUGCAUAUUUUUGGUUCUGGGGUUGACUCCUUUUGAAUUCUAAUCAUGAUGUUCAAUAUGGAGAUAAAUGGUGCAAAAAAAAUUCAGCUCACUGAAUUCUUAGCCAGGUCUGCCCAAGCCUCUUUUCCUUAACUACAGUGACCCAUAACUUGCCUGGGAUAAAAAUGAAUGUGGAAAACAGCAACUUAGAUCCAUUUGCCUCUGUAUGACACAAAUUCUAUUUCAUUUGUGAAAUCUCUUUGUUAAGGAAUUGCAGUCAGCCAUAUAUCAAAACAAUUGUUGCAUUAAAAAUUUUUCAUUAUAAUUUAGGUUAUUUAUGUUUAUGGACUUGGAACCUGAGUAAAUGCAUUUACAAAAUGGCUAACUGGAAAGGACUUUUAUGUGUCUGCUCACAAAUCGUUUAUGUGUCAUUAGUCAGUAGUGGCAAUACUGGCUUCACAGACUUAAUUAUAUGCUUAGGCUGCUAUUUAUUGGGUAAAUCUUGGGAGAGAAUGAAGGGGCUGUGUUCCUUUCCUUUUAAAGAUGUAAUUUUAAAUAAUUGUUAAUACAUUUUUACUUUUAAAAAUGUUAGAUGUUUCAUGAGAUCUUGCCUCUUUUUUUAAAAAAACAAAAUAGGGAUAAAUUGGGACAAAAGGUGACAUAAAGUCAGCAGACCUUUGUGAUUAGAAGUAUCUGAGCUCCGUUAUACUAUUAUCAAGACCAGAAUUUAUUUUGCAGCCAAACAAAUGUAGCAACACUGUUUAGACAAAAUAACUGUGGUUUCUUGCCAUUUUAAAUAGUGAUUUGUGUUUAUCAUUUAGCUAGCCACCAUAUAAUUUGGCAGUUACCUAAAUUUUGUUAAUUUUAAUGGCUAUUUUAAAGGCUUAGGAAUUUGGUAUUUUUUCAAAUAUAAGUGAUUUUCAAAUGUAAGAUUUUGAUCAAGUUUAAAUUAAACUAAUGUACAGGUUAUACUAACUCUAUUGUUUUUCAGUGUAUGUAAAUGGAGCUGUGUUAGAAAUACACAGUUGAUAAU